AAAGUCAACAGACAAGUCCACACAUACACAGAGGGCUUGUCUUCUUGAAACAAUCCUAUACCAUCAUUAUCAUCAUCAUUGAUGCCAAUGCCAAUGCCCCCCAUUUACCUCCCACUUUCUCACACCCAAAUGCCCCCAACACCACACUCCCAACCAAACAACUCUCUCCCUCUCUCUCUCUCUCUCUCUCUCUCUGAGAGGAAGAAGCAGGAAAACGUUUGUUAGUCCCAGAGAGCGCACGAUCGCAAUACAAUGAGCCACCGGUCUACCCCGAACGGUGAGCGCACAUCACACCCGGAGCCUGGAAAUCGCAGCACCCACCACCACCACUACUACCCGCCGCCGCGGCGGUCCUCUUCUUCGUCGGCAUCCUUCCGAGGCUGCUGCUGCUGCCUUCUCCUCUUCCUCUCCUUCCUCACGCUCCUCAUCCUCGCCGUCGUCCUCGUCGUGGUCCUCGCCCUCAAGCCCAAGAAGCCCCAAUUCGACCUCCAACAGGUCGCCGUCCAGUACGUCGGCAUCACGCCCGGCAGCGCCUCCUCCGCCACGCCGACCUCCGCCUCCGUCUCGCUCAGCAUCCGGAUGCAGUUCAGGGCGGUGAACGACAACAAGGUGGGGAUCAAGUACGGCGAGUCGAGCUUCACGGUGAUGUACAGGGGCGUGCCGCUGGGGAGAGGCACGGUGGGGGGGUUCUACCAGCCGGCACACAGCGUGAAGCAGGUCGAGACCACGGUGGUUGUCGACCGGGUCAACCUCUUGCAGGCCGACGCCGCCGAUCUGCUCAAGGACGCCUCGCUCAACGACCGGGUUGCUCUCCGGGUUCUCGGUGAUGUUGGGGCUAAGAUCCGGAUCCUUGGCUUAACGUCACCUGGCGUGCACGUAUCAGUGGACUGUGCAAUAGUGAUCAGUCCAAAGAAGCAGGCCCUCACCUACAAGCAGUGUGGAUUUGAUGGCCUCAGUGUCUGAUUAUAUAUAUAUAUAUAACUCUUUUAAUUA